CCGGUUCCUCGUAGCUUUGCGCGCCGCAGUCCCCGCCGCCAUGAACCGCUUUAAGGUGUCCAAGUUCCGGCACACGGAGGCUCGGCUGCCCCGUCGCGAGGCCUGGAUCAAUGACAUUCGGGCUGGGACUGCCCCCUCGUGUGGGAACCACAUCAAAUCGAGCUGCAGCUUGAUAGCAUUCAAUUCAGACCGUUCAGGUAGGGUAGGCCUUGGACCCCUAGGAUGCCAGGGUCAAGACAAGGUCUUGCUAUGUUGCCUAGGUUGCCAUCCCUCUCCCACAGACCUGGUCACCGACUUGGACUUCUCUCCCUUUGAUGACUUCCUCCUGGCCACGGGCUCAGCUGACAAGACGGUAAAACUCUGGAGACUACCAGCCCCAGGCCAGGCCCUGCCCUCAGUGCCUGGAGUGGUGCUGGAGGAGGACCUCCCAGUGGCCGCAUUGCAGUUCCACCCUACCUCAGAUGGUAUUCUGGUGAGCGCAGCAGGCACAGUGGCGAAGGUCUGGGAUGCGUCCAAGCAGCAGCCCCUGGCAGAGUUGGCGGCCCACAGGGACAUGGUGCAGAGUGCCAUCUGGAGCCGAGAUGGAGCCCUUGUGGGCACUGCAUGUAAGGACAAGCAACUGCGGAUCUUUGACCCCAGAACAAAGCCCCAGGCCUCUCAGAGCACAUGGGCCCAUGAGAACAGCAGGGAUAGCCGGCUGGCAUGGACGGACACCCAAGACCAUCUUGUGUCCACUGGAUUCAACCAGAUGCGUGAGCGUGAAGUGAAGCUCUGGGACACCCGGCUCUUCUCCAGCUCACUGGCCUCCCUCACCUUGGACACCUCACCCGGGUCUCUGGUGCCCCUGCUGGACCCAGACUCCAGGCUCCUGGUACUGGCAGGAAAGGGUGAGAGUCAACUGUACUGCUACGAGGUGGCCCCACAGCAGCCGGCACUGAGCCCAGUGACACAGUGUGUUCUGGAGAGUGUGCUCCGUGGAGCAGCCCUUGUGCCCCGGCGGGCAUUGGCCGUCAUGGGCUGCGAGGUGCUCCGCAUCCUACAGCUGAGCGACAUAGCCAUUGUGCCCAUCAGCUACCAUGUGCCCCGCAAGGCUAUGGAGUUUCAUGAGGACCUAUUUCCAGACACCGCAGGCUGUGUGCCUGCCUCGGACUCCCACACUUGGUGGGCUGGGAGCAGCCAGCAGGUACAGAAGGUCAGCCUCAACCCAGCCCGCCGGCCCUGGCCCAGCUUUACAUCCUGCCUGGUGCCCCCUGCAGAGCCCCCAGCUGAUGAACCCCAGCCUUGGGAGCCACCUGUGGAUGACAUAGACCCAAGUGAGGGCUUCUCCUCACCUCCCAGCUCGCUGACCUCACCCUCCACACCCUCCAGCCUGGGGCCCUCUCACUCCAGCACCAGCGGCAUUGGGACCAGCUCCAGCCAGAGGUCAUUGCAGAGCCUGCUAGGUCCUAGUUCCAAGUUCCGCCAUGCUCAGGGCACUGUCCUGCACCGAGACAGCCACAUCACCAACCUCAAAGGGCUCAACCUCACCACGCCUGGCGAGAGCAACGGCUUCUGUGCUAAUCGGCUGCGUGUGGCUGUUCCCCUGCUCAGCAGCGGUGGCCAGGUGGCAGUGCUUGAGCUGCAGAAGCCUGGCCGCCUGCCCGACACAGCGCUGCCCACACUGCAGAACGGGGCAGCUGUGACUGAUCUGGCCUGGGACCCUUUUGACCCUUACCGCCUUGCUGUGGCCAGCGAGGAUGCCAGGAUCCGACUGUGGCGGGUGCCCUUGAAGGGCCUGGAAGAAGUGCUUACCACACCUGAGACUGUGCUCACAGGCCACACAGAGAAGAUUUACUCCCUAUGCUUCCAUCCGCUGGCAGCCGAUGUGCUGGCCUCCUCUUCCUAUGACCUCACCGUUCGCAUCUGGGAUCUUCAGGCUGGAGCUGAGCAGCUUAGGCUGCAGGGCCACCAAGACCAGAUCUUUGGCCUGGCCUGGAGUCCUGAUGGGCAGCAGCUGGCCACUGUCUGCAGGGAUGGGCGGGUACGGGUCUAUGAGCCCCGGCGUGCCCCUGAGCCCCUGCAGGAAGGCCUAGGGCCCGAGGGAGGCCGUGGAGCCCGUGUUGUUUGGGUGUGUGAUGGUCGCUGUUUGCUGGUAUCUGGCUUUGACAGCCAAAGUGAGCGCCAGCUGCUUCUCUAUGCGGCUGAGGCCCUGGCAGGCGGCCCCUUAGCAGUGUUAGGACUUGAUGUGGCCCCCUCAACUCUGCUGCCCAACUACGACCCAGACACAGGCCUGGUACUCCUUACUGGCAAGGGUGACACUCGCGUGUUCUUAUAUGAGCUGCUCCCUGAGGCCCCUUUCUUCCUGGAGUGCAACAGCUUCAUGUCUUCUGACCCUCACAAGGGCUUUGUCCUCUUGCCUAAGACAGAGUGCGAUGUGCGGGAAGUAGAGUUUGCCCGAUGCCUGCGGCUGCGCCAGACCUCCCUGGAGCCUGUGGCCUUCCGGCUUCCACGAGUCAGGAAAGAGUUCUUCCAGGAUGAUGUGUUUCCAGACACAGCUGUGAGCUGGGAGCCAGUGCUUAGCGCAGAAGCCUGGCUGCGGGGUGCUAAUGGGCAGCCUCGGCUUCUCAGCCUACAGCCACCGGACAUGACCCCAGUGAGCCAAGUGCCCCGUGAGGCUCCUGCCCGUCGAGCCCCAUCUUCAGUGCAGUACCUGGAAGAAAAGUCAGACCAGCAAAAGAAGGAAGAGCUACUGAAUGCCAUGGUGGCAAAGUUAGGGAAUCGGGAGGACCCACUUCCCCAGGAUUCCUUUGAAGGUGUGGACGAGGAUGAGUGGGACUAGGCUGCCUGCUGACCACCUCUGGCCUCCAGCCUUGCCUGCCACUGCCACCUCCUAGGUGCUUCUGCACACUUCACAUCUCAUCCUCAAACUGGAAGAUGCCUCUCUGGGCUUGGCACCCCCAUCCCAGAAACCCUGGCUUCCCAUUGGCCCUGGGCACCUCCAUAUCUGCUGUGGAUCUUCUGACCUCUGCUUUCUCUGAGUCUGGCUAUUGCUUCUCAACUGCCUUCUAGCAUGUGCAGCUAGGGGUGUGGGGGCCUAGGGUGGUCAAUAGCAUGUCCCUGGGCAGGCCCCGGGUUCCCUGCUGCACUCUACCCUCCUAGGCUGGUUCUACCCUGGGCUGGCUUGGUCCAGCAACCCUCAGUUACUGCACACUGUCCCAUCUUGCCUGCUGCCCCAGUUCUGGGCAAGAGCCUUGGGGGCUGGCCCCUCACCAAGCUAUCUGGAGCAUCACCAGCCUCAGGGCCCUGGGAGCAGUUGCCCUGUUCCCCAGGCUUGCAGCCAGGACUAGGGGCAUUGCAGAAUUGGUGGUCCAGGAAUGGAGCUAUUGAGCCCCACAGGGACCAGCUCACAUAUGCCCGAUGUUCUCAGCAAUUAAACUUUUUUAAGCU